AUUUUACGGUUUAUGCAUCUCCAUAAAUGCAAUAUUUAUGACUGUAUUAUUUGUUUAUCUCUUUUAGUUUCACACUUUACUUCAUCAAUAAAUCUGGCAAAGAUGAUACCAGUGUGUUGUUUGGAGUGAAGAGUUUAGCUGCCUGUCAACACAUGCAUGCUUCGCAUUGAGGACAGAACAAGGGAGAGCAGCAGCCCUCCAAUGUCAUCCUACAUCAUGGAUGAGGAAACUCUGAAGAGAAAACAGAAGGAGAAGCUAAAGAAGCUGAUGGCUACAGGAGGAAACCCGAGGCCAGCCCGCUCUCUCCUCUUCUUGACAUUGAUGAAUCCCUUCCGUAAGGCCUGCAUCAGCAUCGUGGAGUGGAAACCCUUUGAAAUCAUAAUCCUUCUGGCCAUCUUUGCCAACUGUGUGGCCCUUGCUGUGUACCUGCCUAUGCCUGAGGAGGACAGCAACAACACCAACAGCAACUUGGAAAGUCUGGAGUACAUCUUCCUCAUAAUCUUCUCCAUCGAAUGCUUUCUGAAGAUUGUGGCCUAUGGAUUUCUGUUUCAUGCAGAUGCAUAUUUAAGAAACUGCUGGAACAUCUUGGACUUUGUUUGUGUAUCUGUUGGGCUGUUCACUGUGGUUGUGGAUGCCAUUAACCACAUCAGUGGAGUGGAGGCUCCAGUCGGAGAAAAGGGUGGUGGCUUUGACAUGAAAGCUCUGCGAGCAUUCAGAGUCCUGAGACCUCUCAGACUGGUCUCUGGAGUCCCCAGCCUACAGGUGGUGAUGAACUCCAUCCUGAAGUCCAUGCUACCUCUGUUUCACAUUACCUUACUGGUCCUCUUCAUGGUCACCAUUUACUCCAUCAUGGGACUGGAGCUCUUCAAGUGCAAAAUGCACAAGACCUGCUACUACACAGGCACAGAUAUUAUUGCGACAGUGGAGAAUGAGAAGCCGGCUCCAUGUGCCCAAGCGGGGAACGGUCGCCGUUGUACCAUCAAUGGCACCGAGUGUCGUGCUGGCUGGCCGGGCCCUAACCAUGGUAUCACCCACUUCGACAACCUGGGCUUCUCCAUGCUGACUGUGUACCAGUGUAUCACCACACAGGGGUGGACCGACGUCCUGUACUGGGUAAAUGAUGCUAUAGGAAUGGAGUGGCCAUGGAUCUAUUUUACCACACUCAUCCUGGUUGGGUCCUUCUUUGUGCUCAACCUGGUUCUGGGCGUGCUCAGUGGUGAGUUCACCAAGGAGCGAGAGAAGGCCAAGUCCCGAGGAGAGUUUCAGAAGCUGAGAGAAACCCAGCAGCUAGACGAGGACCUGAAGGGCUAUAUGGAAUGGAUCACUCAGGCUGAGGUCAUUGACAAUGACCAGGAGAGACAGGGCCUGCUUACCUUGGAAAAUGGAGGAUCAGAGACUGGGAGUGUCGGCAAAAUGGACACGAUGCAGCUGAUCAUCUAUUACUAUAAACUGGCUCGUAAGUGGAAUCGUUGGCUACGGCGUAAAUGCAGAGUGUAUGUGAAGUCCAAACUCUUCUACUGGUGGGUCAUCAUGCUCGUCUUAUUCAACACACUGGCCAUCGCCACGGAGCAUCACAAGCAGUCUGAGAGACUCACAAACUGGCAAGACAAUGCCAACAAGCUGCUGCUGUCCAUGUUUGCUCUGGAGAUGUUCAUGAAGAUGUACGCACUGGGUUUACCCUCUUACUUCAUGUCGCUCUUCAACCGAUUCGACUGCUUUGUGGUGUCCACUGGUAUCACGGAGCUCAUCCUCGUCCACAUGGGCAUCAUGUCAGUCAUGGGUAUCUCUGUGCUGCGCUGCAUACGCUUGCUGCGCCUGCUCAAAGUCACCAGGUACUGGACCUCUCUCAGUAACCUGGUGGCCUCCCUCCUGAACUCGGUCCGCUCCAUCGCCUGCCUGCUGCUGCUCCUCUUCCUUUUCAUUGUCAUCUUCUCCUUGCUCGGUAUGCAGGUGUUUGGAGGGAAGUUCAACUUUCCCAAUCAACCCAAGCCCCGCAGCACCUUCGACAGCUUCCCUCAGGCCCUCAUCACUGUGUUCCAGAUCCUCACAGGUGAAGACUGGAACACUGUCAUGUACAAUGGGAUCAUGGCUCAUGGAGGACCCAGCAUGCCAGGAAUCCUCGUCAGCCUCUACUUCAUCAUCCUCUUUGUUUGUGGAAACUUCAUCCUUCUGAACGUCUUCCUGGCCAUCGCUGUGGACAACUUGGCCGAAGCAGAGUCUCUCACUUUAGCUCAGAAAGAGAAAGCAGAGGAGAAAAAACGCAAGAAAGCUCUGAGGGCUAACAUGCCCGACAAGGCAUCUGAGGAGAAGGCAAACCUGGCAAAGAAGCUGGCUGAGCAGAGAGCAAAGGGCAUUGAGGGCAUCCCUACUACUGCCAAACUGAAAAUUGAUGAGUUUGAGUCUAAUGUGAAUGAGAUCAAAGACCCGUUCCCUCCAGCAGACUUUCCUGGUGAUGAUGAGGAGGAAGACCCUGAGAUCCCAGAAAGCCCCAGACCUCGUCCAAUGGCAGACCUGCAGCUGAAGGAGGAAGCAGUGCCAAUGCCAGAGGCCAGCUCGUUUUUUAUCUUUGGACCUCAGAACAAGUUCCGGAAGCUCUGCCAUCGAAUUAUCAAUGCAACUACUUUUACCAACAUCAUCCUCCUCUUCAUCCUGCUGUCAUCAAUUUCUUUAGCUGCUGAGGAUCCCAUUGACCCCAUGUCUUUCAGGAACCAGGUGUUGGCCUAUGCUGAUAUCGUCUUCACGUCAGUGUUCACAGCUGAAAUUGUGCUCAAGAUGACGACAUACGGAGCGAUUCUUCACAAAGGCUCUUUCUGCAGGAACUCCUUCAACAUCCUGGACCUGCUGGUGGUCAGUGUGUCUCUGCUCUCAAUGGGCAUGGAGUCCAGUGCCAUCUCAGUGGUGAAGAUUCUCAGGGUGCUAAGGGUGCUGCGGCCCCUGAGGGCCAUCAACAGAGCCAAGGGACUGAAGCAUGUGGUCCAGUGUGUUUUUGUAGCUGUGAAGACCAUUGGAAACAUUGUUCUGGUCACCAUGCUGCUGGACUUCAUGUUUGCCUGCAUCGGAGUCCAACUUUUCAAAGGGAAGUUCUAUGCCUGCACAGAUCCAGACCAGAUGACUGAGGAAACCUGCAGAGGCUGGUACAUAAAGUACCAGGAGGGGGCACUUCAUGAGAUGGAGGUCCAUGAGAGGAAGUGGAUCAACUCAGAACUGAACUUUGACAACAUACUGAAUGGCAUGCUGACUCUGUUCACCAUUUCCACCUUUGAAGGCUGGCCCAGGAUUCUAUAUAAAGCCAUAGAUUCAAACCUAGAGGACAAAGGCCCAGUGUACAACAACCGGGUGGCCAUCUCGAUAUUCUUCAUCAUCUACCUCAUCCUCAUCGCCUUCUUCAUGAUGAACAUAUUUGUGGGCUUCGUCAUUGUCACCUUCCAGGAGCAAGGAGAGCAGGAGUAUAAGAACUGUGAGCUGGACAAGAACCAGCGUCAAUGUGUUCAGUAUGCUCUGAAGGCCCGACCACUGAGAUGUUACAUUCCUAAGAACCCCUACCAGUAUCAGGUGUGGUACAUCGUCACCUCCUGUUAUUUUGAGUACCUGAUGUUCCUGCUCAUAAUGCUCAACACCAUGUGUUUGGGGAUGCAGCACUGUAACCAGUCAGACCACGUCACUCACCUGUCUGACAUGCUGAACGUGAUCUUCACUGUGCUCUUCACUGUGGAGAUGAUCCUUAAACUCAUGGCCUUCAAAGCCAAGGGUUAUUUUGGAGACCCCUGGAACGUGUUUGACUUCGUCAUCGUCAUUGGAAGUGUUGUGGACGUGAUGUUGAGCGAGAUUGAUGCAGCACUGGCCUCCUCUGGAGGACUUUACUGUCUCCAUGGCUGCGCUGCAGUGGAUCCCAUGCAGGCGAUUGCGUCCUCUGAGAACAUGAGUGUGUCCAUCACCUUCUUCAGACUGUUCCGUGUAAUGCGUCUGGUCAAAUUGUUGAAUCGCUCUGAGGGGAUACGCAAUCUUCUGUGGACCUUCAUCAAGUCGCUGCAGGCUCUGCCCUAUGUGGCCCUGCUCAUCCUCAUGCUGUUCUUUAUCUACGCUGUGGUUGGAAUGCAGAUAUUUGGUAAGAAUGCUCUGGUUGAUGGAACAUACAUCACCAGGAACAACAACUUCCAGACAUUCCCACAGGCUGUGCUGCUGUUAUUCAGAUGUGCUACAGGUGAAGCCUGGCAUGAAGUGAUGUUAGCCUGUAUGUACGGAAAAAAAUGUGACCCUAAGUCAGACUACCUGCCUGGGGAGGAGUACACCUGUGGAUCCAACUUCGCCAUCAUCUACUUCAUGAGCUUCUACAUGCUGUGUGCCUUUCUGAUCAUCAACCUGUUUGUUGCUGUCAUCAUGGACAACUUCGACUACCUGACACGUGAUUGGUCGAUCCUUGGCCCCCAGCAUUUGGAUGAGUUCAAGAAAAUCUGGGCUGAAUAUGACCCUGAGGCUACAGGGCGGAUUAAGCACCUUGAUGUGGUGACACUCCUUCGGAGAAUACCUCCUCCCCUGGGGUUUGGAAAGUUUUGUCCUCAUCGUAUCGCCUGUAAGAGGCUGGUUUCCAUGAACAUGCCUCUGAACAGUGAUGGAACAGUCACCUUCAACGCCACCCUGUUUGCUCUGGUUAGAACUGCACUGAAAAUAAAGACAGAAGGUAACUUUGAAAAAGCCAAUGAGGAGCUAAGGGCAAUUAUCAAAAAGAUCUGGAAGCGCACCAGCAUGAAGUUACUGGAUCAGGUCAUCCCACCUAUUGGAGAUGAUGAAGUGACAGUGGGAAAGUUUUAUGCCACUUUCCUGAUCCAGGAUUAUUUCAGGAAACUGAAGAAGCGACAGGAGGAGUAUUACGGCUUCAGGCCCACAAAUAAAAAUGCCACUCAUGAGAUCCAGGCAGGACUGAGGAACAUCGAGGAAGAGGCAGCUCCAGAACUCCACAGGACCAUCUCUGGAGACCUGGUGUCUGAAGAGGAUCUGGACCAAGGAGAUGCUGCUGCAGACAUCAUCUUCAGGAGACAGGGCAGUCUCUUUGGAAACCUCUCAGACCCUUUCUCUGUGGAGGGUGACAUUGCUGGUCAGGCCACCAACCAGCGCCCCCUGCAGAUGGCAGAGGGAGUCAUCAACAACAACAUCAACAGCAACGCCAGUCACAGCUUGUAUUAACAGAGUUGGCCUCUGACCUUUGACUUCAGCAACAUGGAGACUAUAAGAGGUUGAACUGUGCUGCCCAUCCUCCCAGCCCUGCUGUCACCAACCCGGAUGAGGAUCUCUAACAUUGAGACACGCAGCACCACAGACACCAUCUGUCACAAAGACUAUUGUUCUUUUUUCCAUUAAAUUAUUAAACAGUGUGAUUUAAACAUUUUACACAAUAUUUUUUUUAAACUUUUUUUCCGUGACCCCCUUUUGUCAGUGGUCACUGAACAGGAUGUGUUUUAGACUAAAUGUCAGUAACGUUUAAACAUAUCAGUGAAGUUGUCUGUAUCUGUUGUUUGGAUCACUGGAGACAUUAUCAUGAUUCAUUAGAGCUUUGUCUCUGACUGAAGAAGAAAUAAUUCGGUGUGACAUUAAAGGCAAAUGGACGUCAAGUCUGUUCAUUCAUCA